GGUGUCUAUUUACUGGGAAAAUAUGGGCAGAAGAAAAUAAGAGAAAUCCAAGAGCGGGAGGCAGCUGAAUACAUCGCCCAAGCACGAAGGCAGUACCAUUUUGAAAGUAAUCAGAGGACGUGCAAUAUGACAGUGCUGUCAAUGCUUCCAACAUUGAGGGACGCCUUAAUGCAUCAAUUAAAUUCUGAGAGUCUCACGUCUCUUCUUAAAAAUAGGCCAGCAAACAAGUUAGAGAUAUGGGAGGAUUUAAAGAUAAUAAGUUUCACAAGAAGCAUUGUAGCUGUAUAUAGUACCUGUAUGCUCGUAGUCCUUUUGAGAGUCCAGUUAAAUAUUAUUGGCGGUUACAUCUACCUAGAUAAUGCUGCACUCUGCAAAAAUGGCACAACACCACUGGCUCCCCCUGAAGUUCAGCAGCAAUAUUUAUCAAGUAUUCAGCACCUUCUAGGAGAUGGACUCACUGAGUUGAUAACUAUUGUUAAGCAAGCUGUGCAUAAAGUUUUUGGAAGUAUUUCCCUUAAGCACACCCUAUCUCUUCUGGAACUGGAACAGAAACUUAAAGAUAUCAGGAAUGUAGUAGAACAUAAAGAUUCAGAUCAGACUGCACCUUACUCUCCCUUAUGUCAUUAUCUGAUGCCAGAUGAAGAAAACCCCUUGGCUACACAGGCCUGCGGACUCACAGAAAGAGAUGUUGCUACAAUUAAAUUACUUAAUGAAACCAGAGAUAUGCUAGAAAGUCCAGACUUCAGCACAGUUUUGAGCACGUGUUUAAAUAGAGGAUUCAGUCGACUGCUGGACAAUAUGGCAGAGUUUUUUAGACCUACUGAACAGGACCUCUCUCAGAGUGGCUCUGUAAAUAGUCUUUCCAGCGUCAGUCUUCCUUUAGCCAAGAUAAUUCCAAUAAUCAAUGGACAGAUCCAUUCAGUAUGCAGCGAAACACCCAGUCACUUUGUUCAGGACCUGUUGAUGAUGGAACAAGUGAAAGAUUUUGCUGCUAAUGUUUAUGAAGCUUUUAGUACCCCGCAGCAACUAGAGAAAUGAACUGCACACUCAUAGGGAUAGAUUGUGUAUAUAUAAUAAAUCCCUUGUGACUACUGAUGAGACUUGGGUUAAUUUUGUGAUGGUGUAAGAGUGGCAGACCAGCAGAAAGAACAUGCUGAAAAAAGUGGGAGCGAGCCCAUAUUUGCUCUAAUAGUGUCAGUUGCAAACACCCAUUAAAAACAUUCUUGUUGAAGGAAUCAUUGUAUGUAAAGACUUUUCUAUUUUUAAAAAGUGCUCAAACUCUUCCGUAAUUAAUUUGAUUAUUUUUAUUGCAUCUGAAGGGCAUCGGGUGGCAG